AAACUAGGAAGUUUUGAUGUUGACUUAAAGAAAACAUUUUAAAAAAGCAGCACUGAAGUAACAAUAGUAAUUACAGAAUUCUGUUAAGUUUCAGUAUAAAUAUAUUUAUGUAGUUUGAGUCACAUAAAUAGGUAGUUAGCUUUAAGUAGGCUACAUUUUACGUCAAGUUUGAUCAAAGGAAGCAACGAUGCUUGUGCGUUUUUUUCAACGCUACAUUCUUUCAUGCCGCUAUUUAGCUGAUUUUUUUCUCACUUAAAACUGUAUGUAGUAAAAUUAUUCCCUGUUGUUAAGGCAACAACGGAGUUACGUGAGGAAAACGUUAUCGUUCUGUUCCCGAGUCCCCCUGAAAGCAGCAUUAGCUUCAGCAGGUCUAGCUUGUCCUAUUUUGUCCCAAACCGGCGGCGGUAGUUCACACCUGGAAUAAAGGAGUCGCGAUGUCACGCUGGGAAUAACCAGGCAUUCAACCGGCAACCGCAAAGAGGAGGAAACGUCUACGUUUUCCUGUCAUCAUGGAUCCGAGCUGCUGUGACUCCGGCGCUCCGCCCGCUCUCACCGUCCAGGUGUGUUUUCCUGGGGUCCGCGCUGCCGUGUUGGACAAUCUGAACCGCCAGCGGGAGGAAGGCCGGCUCUGCGAUCUUUCCAUCCAGGUCCAGGGCCACGUGUUCAGAGCCCAUCGCUGCGUGCUGGCCGCCUCCUCGCCUUAUUUCCACGACCAGGUGUUGCUGAAGAACGUCACCACCGUCUCCCUCCCCUCCGUCAUGGACCCGGUCGCCUUUGAGAGCGUCCUGAGUUCUGCCUACACGGGUCAGCUGAGCAUCAUCCACGACGACAUCGUCAACUACGUCACCGUGGCCAGCUUCCUGCAGAUGUGGCACAUCGUGGACAAAUGCACCGAGAUCCUGAAGAGGCCGCGCCCGCCAGGCGAAGCGGCGCCGGCGGAGGCAGCCGGCGCCGGGUCCGCGUCCCGCCAGCAGUCGCCCAGCAGCACCGAGUGCCUGUAUGCGGAGCGGGAAGGCCGGCGGCGGGACAGGAAGCCGGACGCCUUGCCUCCGCUGGCGACGUGGAGACGGCCGCAGCAGGCGGCGAGGUGGAGUCGGACCCGGCCGUCUUCAGAACACAACCCGGCUGACUCCCAGCUGGACGGCCUGCCGGGGUACGUGGAGCGGGCGGAUCCCUCCGGCUGCCAGGAGGAGUGGAGCUCAGGUGGCGCUAAAGCCGGCGCGCCCGGCCACGACGGACCGGGCCAGAGCGGCCGGCAGCUCGGCGCGGUUCUGGCCGCGGAGGCGUUGAAGCAGAAGGUCCGGUUCCAACAGCGUGGAGCGCCACAGGGCAGAGAAGCUGACGAGACGCAGGACAGGAGGAGGAGCACGAGGAGAGAGACCGAAGCAGAUGAAGGAGUCGGAGAGGAAGAGGAGACGACGAGGGAAGGCUUCACGCACGUGGAUCUACGCGUCUCAGAGCACGGCGAGGACGCCGGGCGUGGCGCCGGCCGGCAGAGCGUGGAGGUGAUGAGGGACAAAGAUCCUUCCUCUCACAUCCCUCAUCUUCCUGACUGUGGACCGGAGGCUGGAGCUCCGGGCCCGGCGUGUCCGGCCCCCGGCAGGCUCCAGUUCCAGAGCGGCUCCUGGCCCCCGCAGGGCCAGAGACGUCUGGAAGGCGAGGAGGACGACGAGGACGACGAGGUGGACUUUGAAGGUUUCGUCUCCUACAGCAGAGACACGUACGACGAGAUCGAGGACGGGACGGGGCAGGUGUCCCAGAGGCCCCUGCUGUCCCCAGACUUCGGCAUGGGGGCCUCAGACCUGAGCUGGCCGUCCACCAGCGGAGGUCAGGGCGGCGCGCUGACUCCCAGCUCCUCCUCUGCCCCAUUUCAGCCUCCUCCCUCCCCUCCGACGCCGUCCUCGUCCUCCUCGGUGUCCGUUUCUGGCGCCGCCUACACGGGGAAGGUCCACUUCUGCCACUGCGGGAAGGCCUACACCUUGAAGAGCAUGCGCGACCGACACGUCAAGAUGCAGCACCUCAACCUGCGCCCCUUCGGGUGCCCCGUCUGCACAAAGUCCUUCAAGAUGAAGCACCACCUGACGAAGCACCUGAAGACGCACGGAGGGCUGCGGCCGUACGAGUGCAGCCUGUGCGGGAAGAAGGUGAUCUGGAGAGACAGCUUCCUGAGGCACCAGGCCCGCUGUGAGAGGCUCGCCUCCACCAACACGGCGCCGGCGCCGGCGGACCUGGAGGACGGGUUCGGGUUCGGAUUCGACGAGGGGGAAGCGUUUGUCCCGACGGGGCAGGUGAAGGUGGAGGAGGGGGACUUCCACCGGGACUUGGACGGAGGGAUGGGGGGGCUGCUGGGGAUGGAGCUCGCGGCACGGCCUCACCAUCUGGACUCGGUCGGUCCGGUUUUUAAGGAGGAGGCCGCAGAGCGCUUCGGUGAGAGUUAAACGAACUCGCCUGCUUUACAGGAGAUCCGUCCGCUGCUUCCUUUGAGUCGACCGUCAGUCGGCGUCUGCCUGGACGUUUCCAGGCUCUUCUGUGAACUUUCUCUCUCUCUUCACAGAUGAAGAGGAUUUGCAUUUUGCACAUAAGUUAUGUGUUGUUGAAAUAAAGGCGUUACAAUGUU